AGCUACUACCCUAAAACCCCGCCUCCCUCCGUCAGACGCACGCACGCACGCACGCACGCACGCACGCUUAUGGUCUUGAAGACAGGAUGUAAUUAGUACCCCCACAGGAUGCUGAGGCAAAGCUAAUAAAUGGUUCUUGCCAGGUCCCCUAGAGGGUAAUCCGGUUUUGCUGAAGAGGCUCAUUUCAGUUAUCGUUUACGUGUUAAAGUGUCAAAAGUCCAAGGGCGAGCGUAGCAAGUUAGAAGAUGUCGUAUAAACCCAUCGCCCCGGCGCCAUCUGGGAGCAAUAGUGCCCCUGGCACACCAGUGCCAGGAGCUGCAGUUUCUUCCCCACCAGGAGCGCACUCUGUCUCAACCUUCCGUCCUAUCUUUAGUGAUUUUGGGCCACCUUCUAUGGGCUUUAUACCGGGAGCAAAGCCAGCUGUGUCUCAGGCAGUUUCCCAAGGUACAUACAGUGACCUCUUAGCUGUAAUCGAGGAGAUGGGGAGAGAGAUCAGGCCAACGUAUGCUGGAAGUAAAAGUGCAAUGGAGAGACUAAAGCGAGGUAUAAUUCAUGCCCGUGCUCUUGUGAGAGAAUGUCUUGCUGAAACAGAACGCAAUGCCCGCACAUGAUAUCUUGGGUUUCCACUUUUGUCACUGCUUUGUAUUUUUAUACAUGUAUAUAAAUUUAAACAAUUUUUAUCUACCAACUAGAUGCUGAAAGGACUUUGCAUAACAGAAACGAAUGGUCUGACUAAAAGGCAAAGAGCACCAAAAUUAAAUGUUUAGUGUAUUAAUAAAACAAAUUAAACACCCAA